GACCAGCCUCGCCUCCCCGGCUCACUCCCCUCCCUGUCUAGUGCGGAUAGAGAGGCUGAGGAUGGCGACCUUAGAAGUGGACCCGGAAGCUUCGUGUAGCAAACUAAGCACAUCGCCAUCAAACACAAGCCUGACUCACCGAUUCCUCGACAAUAAGUUCUAUUUGCUAGUGGUUAUUGGGGAAAUUGUUACAGAAGACCACCUGAGAUGUGCCAUUUCAGAUAUAGAGCGAGGUAUCCGUUCCUGGGACACAGAUUUAAUAGCCUGCAACCUAGAUCAGGAACUGAAGCUCUUUGUAUCGCGCCAUUCAGCUAGAUUUUCAGCAGAUGUUAGAGGCCAGAAAAUCCUUCACCACAGAAGUGAUGUCUUGGAAACUGUUGUCCUGAUCAACCCUUCAGACGAGGCAGUGAGCACAGAGGUACGCCUGAUGAUCACAGAUGCUGCCCGUCACAAGCUGCUGGUGCUAACUGGACAAUGCUGUGAAAACACUGGCGAGUUGAUUCUACAGUCUGGUUCAUUCUCAUUUCAGAACUUCAUUGAAAUUUUUACAGAUCAGGAGAUUGGAGAACUGCUAAGCACCACACACCCAGCCAAUAAAGCCAGCCUCACAUUAUUCUGCCCUGAGGAAGGCGACUGGAAAAAUACAAACCUGGAGAAACACAACCUGCAGGACUUUAUCAAUAUUAAACUGAACUCAGUCUCCAUUUUACCAGAAAUGGAAGGACUUUCAGAAUUCACAGAAUACCUAUCAGAGUCGGUGGAAGUCCCGUCAUCCUUUGACGUGUUGGAGCCUCCGGCAUCUGGAGGCUUCCUGAAGUUGUCGAAGCCUUGCUGCUACAUUUUCCCCGGUGGGAGAGGGGACUCGGCCCUGUUCGCCGUGAACGGGUUCAACAUGCUUAUAAAUGGCGGUUCAGAUCGCAAGUCUUGCUUCUGGAAACUGGUUCGACACUUGGACAGAGUCGACUCGAUUCUACUCACCCACAAUGGGGCAGAUAACCUGCCCGGGAUCAACAGCCUGCUGCAACGCAAGAUAGCGGAGCUGGAAGAGGAACAGUCGCAAGGAUCCACUGCCAACAGUGACUGGAUGAAGAAUCUCAUCUCACCCGAGCUGGGUGUUGUCUUUCUUAACGUCCCAGAAAACGUGACAAACUUGCAGCCUAAUUUCCGAGUCAGGAGAAAUACCGAAGAAACUUGCCUUACUGUCCAGUACUUAAACAAAUUGUCUAUAAAGCCAGAACCCCUCUUUAGGACUGGAGGGAAUACCAUUGAUCCAGUAAUACUGUUCCAGAAAAUGGGUGUCGGGCGGCUAGAGAUGUACAUUUUAAACCCAGUGAAAGGGAGCAAAGAGCUACAAUUUUUCAUGCAACAUUGGUCCAGCAACAACCAAGCUAAAACUGGACUUGUUUUGCCAAAUGGCAAAGAUGCAGAAAUUUCAUUUCCAUACUUGACUUCAAUAUCCUCUCUGAUUGUAUGGCACCCUGCCAACCCAUCUGAGAAAAUAGUCCGAGCUCUGUUCCCAGGAAAUGCUCCACAGUACAACAUUCUGGAUGGAUUAGAAAAGCUCAAGCAUUUAGACUUCUUGAAACACCCAAUGGCAACUCAAAAGGAGCUUGUAGCUGGUUUGGCUGCCCCGACAGUGAAGCAAGCCAAGAUGAAACAACACAGUGACGGUAAGGAGAGUCUCAAAUCCAACCCCAGGCCAUCCGUUGGAAAGGGAGUUAAGAAGGACGUCAAGGAAGAAACACCCGAGAUGACAAAAUCCUCUGUUAAUCACCAAGAGGCUGUUAUUGGGAAGCCUCAGAAGGUGGAGAAGAAGGAAAAACCUAUCGUUAAGAAGGAACGACCCAGGUCAGAAUCGCAAUUUAAGCUUGAGGAGAAAGAAGGGAAGGCUAAAGUGGAACCGGCUAAACAGGAACUCGAAGAGAAAACGCAGAAAGACGAGAAACCAAAGUCUGAGAACAAACCAAAACCGUUGAAGGAAAAAAUCGCGAAGAAGGAGGUUAAAGCAAGGAAACCCGAGGAGAAGAAAAAAGAGGAAAAGGAAGCGAAAAAAGAGAUUGCCAAGCCGGAGGCAAAAGAGGAGAAAUCUGUCGUCAAAAAGGAAAAGGUGAAAAAAGAGGAGAAGCCUAAAAAGGAAGAAGUAAAAAAGGAAGUAAAGAAAGAUAUUAAAAAAGAAGUGAAGAAGAAAGAGACACCAGUGAAAGAGGCAAAGAAGGAAGAAAAGAAAGAAAUCAAAAAGAAUGACAAAGAUGUCAAGAGAGACGUGAAAAAGCCCAUUAAGGAAGUUAAAAAAACUGUGCCCGCAACAGAGGCCAAGAAAUUGCCAAUUAAGCCCAAGGUGGAAAAGAAAAACGAGACAGGCAAGAAGGAAGAUGCUGCCGCAAGUAAACUCAAAGGAAAAGCAAAACUAAGCAAGAAAGAAGCCAAGGUUGAAACUGCAGCUGCGGCAGGAGUUGCUGUAGCAGCGGCAGCUGUAGCAACCGCAGUAGUAGCAGCAGCUGCUGCAGUUACAGAACUUGAGAUCGAACGAUCACUAAUGUCCUCACCAGAAGACUUAACAAAGGACUUUGAGGAACUUAACAAAGAAGAGAAAAAAGACACCCAGGUACCUCCUGUGGCAGUAGAGAACUCCAUGCAGGAUGAAGUGCAAGCGGAAAAGAUAGGCCUCACGAUUCACAGAGAUGCUUUAGAUAUCGAUGAAUCUCCCGAUGAAGGAAUAACAACUACUGAUGCCGAAGGUGAAUUUGAACAAUCUCCUCAAGAGUACAUUGAGGCUGAAAAUAAGGAGACCUUAGAACGAUUUGAGGAUGAGGGCGCAGCUUUUGAAGAGUCCUCCGAACCUGGAGACUAUGAAGAGAAGGCAGAGACCGAAGAUGUUGAUGAGCUAGCAGGAUCAGUGGACAAGAUGCUUCCCAACAAAACUGUGCUGGAGCACGUUGCUAGCGGAGAGAAAGCUGAGGCUGAGGACCUCGAAGCAGAAGAAUUGAUCGAAAACGAGGAACCAGUUGAUGUUGACGAGAUGGCAGAGAAAGAAGAGACUGAAGAUUCGGAAGUGGGAGAUGAUCAUAGGGAACGGGAGGAUAUGCUUCUUGAAAAGGCUGAGACUGAAGAAGAGGCAGAGGAUGAUGACAACAAAGUAGAUUACAGCAAAGAACUGUAUGAAGAGAAAGAGAGAUGUGAGGUUAAAAGCACUGAGGUGAAUAAAAUCCCGUCUCCCAAUGCACUUCUGGAUAAAUUCUCUGCACUUCAUUCUUCGAUCAUUGAUCAAACAAUGUCUAUUCGUAAUGAGACAAUACCUACUGAUUUUGAGAGUGAAACAACAGCCUCUGAUGAGGAAGUCCACGAUGAGCCCCCUGAAGAAUUUACAGCUACGUCUGGCUUUACUCAGUCUACGAUUGAGAUUUCUAGCGAGCCCACCCCAAUGGAUGGAAUGUCCACACCCAGGGACAUAAUGAGCGACGAGCCCAACAAUGAAGAAACCGAGUCUCCAACUCAGGAGUACGUUAGCGUAAUAAAGUUUGAGACAACUGUCAUUUCACAGAGUCGUGAAGGAACCAAGCUUUCUCCCGUCCCCGACACUUACAACGGGUUCUCAUUAGAAAUUACAAAAACCGAUGUGACACAGGGCGAGGAUUACCCAGCUUCUGCCUCAACAAUAUCUCCUUCAUCUUCCUUGGAAGAAGACAAGUACUUCAAACCACCACCAGCCAGCAUUUGUAUUCCGAAACGUGAGGAGUAUGAGAAACAGGACGAAUUGGAGCUUGAGAAGCUAGAGAAUCAAAUAAAGGCCAAAUUAAGCCCUGCAAGGAGUCCAGCUGAAUCAUCACCACAAUCUCGGACACCAUUAAGUGAUCGUAAUAUCAACUUUGAUUUGACUCCAUCAGAAAUCAAGGCAUCCGCUGAUCUUCCACCUUUGGAACCUGAAGUGCCAGGUGAUCAUUGUGCAAGUCCUGAAGAGAAAACGUUGGAGAUGGCAUCACCCAUGCAGUCUCGAACGCCCAGUGCUGGUCACACCCCAUUUUAUCAGUCACCAAUAGACGAGAAAAACAAAGUUCCAACUGAGGUAACGACAAAGUUCCCGGCGCCCAUCAUCAUCGAGACGGAUGACACGAAGGUGGAUGAGACCAGUCCGAGGUAUAGUCCGAUGGACGAGCCGGUACCUGAUUCGGAAUCGCCUGUUGAGAAAGUUCUGUCUCCACUGCGUAGCCCUCCAAUGUUGGGCUCCAGUUCUCCCGUCGACAGCUCUCCCAAUGACGGAGAGGAGUUCCCAGUGCAGUUCCUGGAAGGUGCAAUGGAACUCACGAGUGACAAACUCAAGCUUCUGUCCUCACCCCGACUCUAUCCAUUCAAUGAACUCCCUGCCGCCCACGACAAAGAACAGGCAGCCGACUUCGAGUUGUUGACUCCCAAAGACAGUUUCAGCCAGAAGCGGAAACUGGAAGGAAGCGCCACCGGUGCGUUUGUGUCGCUGGGCCCGUUCGAAGCGCAUAAAACCGGAGGUGAGCUCUCCCCGACAUUAGUGGACAUCAGCCAGAUUGGGUCCGUUAAAGAAGACAGCAAAAUGUCCAUCUCUGAGGGAACCACGUCAGACAAGUCAGCUACCCCUGUCGAUGAGGUGGUGGCAGAAGACACUUACUCUCACAUCGAAGGUGUUGCUUCAGCUUCAACAGCAUCCCUGGCCACAAGCUCUUUCCCGGAGCCCACAGCUGACGACGUUUCCCCCUCACUGCAUGCAGAAGUUGGCUCUCCGCUCUCAACUGAAGUAGAUGAAUCUCUCUCCGUAUCUGUUGUGCAAACGCCCACCGCAUUCCAAGAAGCAGAGGUGUCUCCUUCCAGAGAGGACUGCCCGAGGCCCAUGUCUAUUUCCCCUCCAGAGGUCUCUCCAAAAACGGCAAAAUCCAAAACGCCCGUGCAGGAAGUCCACUCUCCCGAACACUCCACAAUGUCCGUGGAGUUCAGUCAGGAAUCUCCCGAACAGUCUUUAGCUUUGGACUUCAGCAAGCAGUCUCCUGAGCAACCCUCCUUUAAUGCCGGCUACCACCACAUAACCGAGAAUGGACCGACUGAGGUGGAUUAUAGUCCAUCCGACAUUCACGAAACGGGAUUCAUGCAUCACGUUCUGCCCGCGCACGAAAAACCAUUCUACUGUCAAGAUAAGGACCAUCUCCAGUUUGGUUCGGCGCCACCGACAGAGGCGUCUCCAACAACUUUGUCUGCUCGCACUCCUCAGACAAGUUCUCCACUCCAGGAGGAGUUUGGUGUUUGUACCUCCCUCUCAUCCGCCAUCUCCUCUGCAAAAGCCAUGAUUGACGGGGAGACAUUAUUGUCAGAGAGGCUCCCAGCCCCCUGUUCACCACGGACGACUUCCCUGCUGCAUGAAAGGGAGGAUUUACAGAUGUUUGAUGUUUCUCAGCCUCUCUCACUUGCGAAGGACGUAUCUCACCUUCACAGUUCCGUUUCUCCCGCCGCACGUCUCGGGCAGGAGAAAUCUCCAUCGAUAUUUUCUUCUUCAGAGAAGGUGGCGGCUGUGUAUGCGACACAUUCAUACCAAGAGUCUUCCUUCACAGGAAGCAAACAUCCAGCAAUGCAAAUGGACGUUGAAGAGAUGGAGACAUUCGCCAGCAAACAAGAUAAAGUCAAAGAGGUUUACGAGGUUGAAGAUGGACCUUUCACAUCCAGAACAGAGGUUCAACAUGGCGCUGAUAAAUGCUUUAAAACUCCUUCUCCAUUCAAGCUCAAUAUGGCUGAUCUCUCCCCUUCUUUCAUCAACCCAAGCCCCUUAGAAUUUUUUGAACAAGAAGAUGCCCUUAACGACGCCCUUGUGGAAAGGCCCUUGACCCAAGGUGGAGAUGCUCAGCCUCCGCCUGGUGGGAAGCAGCAGGCACGUCAAUGCGAUGACACUCCAGGCACGUCCAUCAGUGAGUCAGCUCCUUCACAGACUGAUUCGGAUUUCCCCCCCGGGACGGAAGAGUGCCCUUCCAUCACCGCGGAUGCUGCCUUAGACUCCGAGGACGAGUCCGAGACCCUUCCGACGGACAGAACCCUGGUUCACCGGCAGAUGGACCCCCCGCCUGCUCUCUUAAAGGACCCCAGCCCGCCUCCCCCGCACCCUGGCGUGUGCAUGGUCGAUCCCGAGGCACUGCCCAUCGAGCAGAACAAUGCCAAGGCUGAUAAACCUUUGAAGAAGGAGGUGAAGGAAAGAACAAAGACUAAAAAGCAGGUCAUGAAGACAAAGUCUUCCUCUCCUUCCAGGAAAUCUGACAGCAAACCAAAGCAUCCCAGUGCUCCUUCCCGAACAAACGUGCUCGCGUCGGCUAAGGAAACCGCCGAUAAAACUGCAAAAUCAGCUUCUCCGAAGAAGGAUUUGGUGGAGAAGAGCUCCAAAACGAGCACCAACCCAGAGGUGAAAGCUGCUCGAGGUGAUGACAAGGAAGCAAAGAAUGCGACUAACACCACCAACUCAAAGUCUGCACACACCACUAAAAGCCCAGGUUCCAGCAGCAAUAAGGCAGCGAGCGUGCCGUCAGUGCCUUCUGGACCUCCAGUGUACCUUGACCUGGUGUACAUUCCAAAUCACUGCAGUGCCAAGACUGUGGACGCCGAGUUCUUCAAGCGAGUGAGAUCUUCCUACUAUGUAGUGAGUGGAAACGACCAGGCAGCUGAAGAACCCAGCAGGGCUGUUCUGGAUGCCCUCCUGGAGGGCAAGUCUCAGUGGGGCAGUAACAUGCAGGUUACCCUAAUUCCAACCCACGACUCUGAAGUAAUGCGGGAAUGGUACCAGCAAACCCACGAGAAGCAGCAGGACCUCAACAUCAUGGUGCUGGCCAGCAGCAGCACUGUGGUCAUGCAAGAUGAAUCGUUCCCUGCAUGCAAGAUCGAACUGUAAUGGGGAGUCCCACAGAAGCGGAACAUUCAGCCAGUUGUUUAAGGGGAAGCACUCAAGUGGAAAUUUAAAACAAAAGAGGAAAGCAGAUGUAACUCAAUGUCUGCUGAAUACUGUACGAUAGAUUUGUUAUACAGGUCACUAGGGUGUAACACUUUCCAGACUAUUUCGUUCCUAUGCUGAAGCAACAUUUUCUUAUUCUUAAAAAAAAAAAUACAGGGUUUAAAAUACUUGGAUCUGUCAUACCCUGAAUCCAUCGAUUUGUGGUGUGGGUAAUAUUGAUUCCAACUUAUUUUCUUUGUUUAGACAACAUUGCAAAUGGGCAAUCUUUACCAUGGUAAAAAAUAAUCGCCAUCUCUAACAGCAGUAGUUUUGAAGUGUGAAAUGUAGCUUUUUGAUGAUCAUAUUGUUGAGGCCAGACCAUAUAAUACUCUGAACUCCACAUGGAAACACUAUCUUUCACCCAUCCUGGACUCACGAGUAUUUUGAACCCUAUUCACGUAACCAGGCGAUCCCCUCCCACACAAAUGCAGAAAUAUUUAACUAAGGCAUGUUUCCUGUGUACCAGCUUCUUGACAAAUUUAAUUCUGCAUAUGAACAUGGCAUAUUGCCAUUAAGCCUUGAUAAAACUGCAUGCUUUAAAUCAUUGACAGCUAAUAUACGUAAGCAGAGACCAAAGGAGUUGGGAGUACACAUACUAGUCAUUUUGCCUUAGACAGUGACUUGAAUGUAAUGUGAUCUAGGUUGCACUUUUUUUUUUAAAUGGGAAGUGAAUAAGGCAAACAACAGGCAGUGAAGGCCAGCGUAGGACGGUAGUUUUGAGAAGUACUGUUAUUUGUGUGUGUGUGUGUGUGUGUGAAUGUGUCAGUACUUGUAAACAACAACACGAUUUCCCUGAUGACCAGUCAUAGAAGGUGUUCAAACGUGACGUACACUUUUUUGAUUUCAGAGGUAGUUGUUGAUAAGAAGCACAGGUACAGAUGGAAUUGGAUAUGGAGAAAAAAAAUCACAAGUGUGCAGAAAGGUUUAUUUUGUUUUUGUUUUGCUUAUGUGACAUAUUAUUGGUAAGUAGCCUUCAUUCUGUUUAAAUGACUUAGUUUCUACUUUUCAUCCAAAAAUAGCAAAGUAAAGGUUCACUUGUUGGGUGCAUUAUGUUGACUGAAAAAGGGUGUGUUUUUUUUUGUAACUGGCGAAACUAUUGAUCAUUUAUAGUUCUGAGCAUUAUCUUUUUAGGGCCGUAUUUCUAACCUGUAUAGCUUUCCUUUAACAGUACUACAUCCAAGUUUGUAUCAGUCUGGUAUUGUGCAGUCACUGGAGUAAUUCUGUUAAUAAUGUACAGCUCAAAUCUGAAUUAAUUGUGUUUUAAUUCACAUUUGAUAAAGAUCCAACAGUGGAACAAUAGUUUAUAUAUCUUCUCCAACGUGUUGUACCUGCGAAGCAUUUAUAAAUUAUAAAAGAUGAAUUUAUCUGGAACAUAAGUUCCAUUUACUUGUGUCGUGCACUAGACUAGUGAACAGAAUCAGAAUAUUUGGGUCAAUGAUAUAGUGGUUGAAAAUAUUGGAUCAGUUGUAGCUUUAACAUAAAUUAAAAUGUGUGUGCAUCUGUUUGUUUCGUGUUACUAUAAUGAUAAGGACUGAUUAGCUAAAGACAAAAGUAGUGCUCAACAAAUGGCCGAUAUUUCAAAUCAACAUUAUUUCCAACAAUUGUUGUCGUUUAUCAGCUUUUAUUUCUCGUUGUAUGAUUGGAGUCCACAUCAGCCAUUUAGGGAACUGAGAUGAAUGCAAAUUUCCUCUUUGUAGAUCAUGAUUUUAAUUCCUUCUCCUGAAUCUUUCCUGGAAAGCCCAGCAAGUGACCUCGUGUAUAUUUUUGAAUGCUAUAUUUUUGUUUGAAGAAUGUAUUUGGUGUAUAUUUUAGGAAAUAUAUUUUGUUUAUUGAAUUUUUGGGGAAAUUGAUUUUAUGAAAAUCUGAAGUGACUAAACAUACAAAUGAAAUACAGUGGUUCUGUUUUACUCUGAUGCAUGGUAGUGUAGUGUAACACUCCAUGUUACAAGGUGUGAAUGUGCAGCGUUAACGAUACUCUGAAACCCAUUAUUUUCUGAUUUGUUUUGAUUAAUUUUUGUAUUCUUACUUUUUCAAGGCUUGCAGUUUUCCUGUUAAAGACCCUUUUUAACUGGGCUGUAGAAUACCAUGUCAAUCUUGGUGAUAGGAUUGUAGUUUUUUUUAAUACCAAAAAUAGCAGUAGUCUGUGCUGUGAAAAAUUGCGUACUUGUAUCUCCAGCCGAAUCUGCAGGAUCAGUAAUUGCAUUGAAUUGAAACUGGUAUCACGUGUCGUUCAUAUUUAUUGAUGCUUUGUUGAGAUCUUUGGAUUGGAUUCAAACACUAUGUCCUUCGACAAGUGUUGAAAGGCACUCACACAGUGAUGCAGGGCACCAUCAGCCAGACUUCCAAUAGGGGUUGCCACUCACACACACACGUGGACCCUCACUCAUUUACAUAAUGGAAUCGUUUCCAUGACAUGUAACAAUUGAUCAGUGCGCGAGGUUAGUGAAACGUUAUUGACUUUUUGGGUAAUUCAUUAUAUCCGAUUGAUCCGUUGUUCUCUAUUGUGGUUGCAAAAAAAUAUCCACUGUUGGAUCUAGUAAUUGAGCCUUAGUCGGGAAUUAGAUGCCAUUUGACCCCACGGAUUGUAACUCUGCCAGAUGUACAGCUGCUUUCCCAUGGAUAUGACCUCAUUUUUGUAUUGUAUGUUUUUUU